AUGCAGGAGCUUUAUGACACUGUCAGUAGAUACACGGGGCGCGGUACACCAUCUCAUUUUUCUGCUAGAGUUCAUCCCCGGAAGGCUGCGAGUCAAUUUGUGGGUUCCUCUAUUUUUCAUGGACGUCUAAACUCUUUUUGUGCUGCGUUGGUGGCUCGCUUUAUGGCUUCGAAUGAAGUACUUGUUGUUGUAUCGCGUGAUGCGGUUCAAAGUAUUUCCUGUGAUGGUUAUGCACUGCAGCCGAGAAGCUCAACGCCGGGACCCACUGCGGGGGAAAUUACAGGAGUUGUUACCUCUGAUGGUUUUACAACUGUUGGAUAUAGCGCCGGUGUGACUAGAUAUUCGCCUAGUCUUCAACUAGAAAGAGAACUGUUGUUUGAUGGAUACUCGAAUAGCAUUUUGAGUAUUGCAGUUACACCUGAUGGCACAUGCAUAGCUACUGGUGGUGGAAAUGCAACAGUAACAGUGUGGACACGUGAUAUGAACCCUAUGCAUUAUCUUUCUGGU